AUGGAUCCGCAUCUUUUCGCCAUCGUUCUCUCGAAAGCGUCUUCAUCCCCAUCACUUAGAUGGUUGGCAGCCAACUGUGCGAUUAACGACACGACUGCGACUGUGAAUGAUCUUCUGGCGGCGGUAUACCCGAACCGAUACGACCUUCAAACCUUGAAGAAAAGAGCCGACAACGCGCUUUUGACUCCUCUGGUGUUGCAGGCGCCACCCAUGAAAUGGGUGGCGCCGAUCGCUUACCAUCAGGUGAUACUCCUGCUCGUUUGCCUCCUAUUGUAUAAAAAAAACAAUAAGAAAUAUGGAUACUUAAUCGACUUUAGGGCGUAA